GGAUGCCUCUUGAAAACCUUGUCGUUUAUCUUAACAUCAUGAUGGAUUCCCUUCUUCUACACCACCAGUUAAUAAUUACUUGGUAAGGUCCUCCAGUGCAGAGAAAGAAUGGCAUCUACCUGCAGCCUGCAACAACAUGGGAGAGCACCGGCCUCGAUCAAUCUCCACCACAGACAGCAGCGCUCUUGCUCCCCAAGGAUCAGUGUAAUGGUAGGAAACAGAAAUGUUAUGCUGCUCCAGGGAUUUAUUUAUAAUAACAAUGUAUCUAAGAGGAGACCAACUGCAGGGUUGGUGGUGAAGUGUAGUGGGAUAGGAUUAGGUGACUUCAUUGGAGGGGAUUUGGUAAAAUUUGAUAUAGGGCAGUGGCUGUCAGAUGUGGAGGAGCACAAAGCCCUUGCCAUUUACCCCCCUCACGAAGGAGGCUACGAGGGUCGUUACCUUAACCGCCUCAUCCGCCAGGGCUACUACUUCCUUGACCUCAGUGCUCGUGGCCUUGGGGAUCCUGAGACCACCCUCACCAAAGUUCAUCCUGUUUGUCCUGCACAUCUAGGGAAGCAACCCAUAGCAAGGUGGUAUUUCCCCCCAGAAGUUGAUUUUAGACUUGAACACCUGCCCCCUAAUGCCAAGGGACUGGUGGUUUGGAUAAUCGAAGCCAAGGUUUUGUCCAAGGCGGAACUGCAGUUUCUUGCUCUGCUGCCAACACUCCGCCCUAACGUCAGAGUCGUUGCUGAAUGUGGAAACUGGAGAAAGUUCGUGUGGAAACCACUCAAAGAGAUAGCUGGACUAACCGCAGAGGGAGCUUGACUGGCUACUCGAGGCGACAAAGAGGCACAUGGAAAUGCAGCUCUGGUCUUUUUUGUCACCUGUGGGACUCAGCUUCAAUUUCGGGAAGAAACCGAAGAUGAAGCUGAUUAACAAUGUUUAUCUUCUAUACCCCUCCAUAACUCACAAUAUCAUAUUAAAUAGUGAAGCUCACUCACCAAUUGGCCA